UGCUCUUGAUAUAACUUGAACAUAACCAAGAAAAAAGUUGUAAAGAAAAAUAUUUAUUGUUUAUGAAGUGGAAUAAUAUGUUUUUGAAAUAUAAUGAAAAGCUCGAUGAACGUUUCUACAUGAGAUGGAGCAUUUUCCAAAUAGAGAAUAUAUUAUGGUAGCUCCUGGAGUAAACACUGUAGCGGUGCUUCUAAAUAUAGGAUUUAUUUUUAGGUUGGAGCUAGCCAUAGUUUGAAUCAAGAAUUUGAUCUAAAACUGCAUUUCUAGACGGUUUUGUAAUAGUGAUAAAAAUGGCAAAUGACUUAAUAAUAAGAAGCAAGGAUAGAUUACAAGAAAUUAGCAUGAAAUUAGAGCAAAGCCAUUUGGUUUAUCUACAAACAGACGACAGCCCUUUAAAAUUACAACAGCGUCAUAAACUUGAAGGUUUUAUUAAAGAGAAUCUUUGUCUUGUUCCAAAUGAAAAUAAAUAUGUAUUUCAAGAAACCGCAGAUAUAUUACACAGAUCAGCAGCCACAUUGCAAGAUUUUAGUGGAUAUAGAGCUGCAACUGCCUGGAGUGCUAUUUCUUUAUAUGCUGCCAAUCUUUUGGCUCAGCCUUGGAGAAGAGAAUAUAGAACAUUAAAGACUUAUAGUGGAUAUUAUAAGCAUGAAGUAGAAGCAAAUUUAAUAGGAGCAGAAUUAAUGUUUGAACAAAUGGGAUACAAACAUACAGGGUUAGGAGUGCUUGCUUUGGAGGGUCCUAUUGACCCUGACAAAGUAUCUUGUGUAAGCAGAGAUGCAAUAGUUGCUUUUGUUGAAUGUCAGAUCUUGAAGCAAAUAUGGGAGAAUGUUUCACAGAAUUAUAGUAUCUCGUGGUUAGAAGUAUUAGAAUUUCGGGAAAAUCACGUUGGUACACCAGAACAAGCAAUCAGGGCAUUGAACUAUCGUUUUCUUGAGAAAAUGCAUCAAACUCGAACAAAAGCGGAGAAUUAUAGGGAUUAUCAUUAUCCGCAAACCACAUGUGUGGAUGCGGUAUCAUCGUCGAUUCCUUAUCAUAUUAUGCCUCCCAGUUACAAUACAUCAAUGCCUGCUUGUCAUUCAGAAUACAGAUAUAUCGAAGAUACGAAUUCGAUACCUGGAACUUACAAAUACUUUCAACCAGUAGAUCACAGUUUUGGAAAUCGAUGUAGUGCCUAUGGAUGUUUACCACAUGGUAAUAAAUAUAUGAGUGGAGUCAAUCCGUAUUAUACUACAAUGCCGGGAUAUACAAGAGUACCAACGGGUAGACUAAUUGAGGUUGAUAUGCCGGUUUCGGUUGCAAAUUAUGAUAAAUUACAUAAUCGAAAGAUAUCUCAUAGAAUAUCAGAUUUGGAGGAAGUAGAUUUUUAUAGAAGACAAUCUAGUGAUGGAAACCAUUGCGAUUACGGAAAAAUCGAUAGAAAAUCGGCAAGAUCGGUCGGUGAAAGGAACAAUUAUGACUCUUGGGACUUUGUGUAUAGGAAUUUAGAAAGUUUAGGCUAUUCUAAAGAUCUUGGUAAUCGAGAAGAUAUUUUACACAAACGGGAAUGUGAGUCUCGAUUGAGUAAACAAAAAUCUUUUAAACAAAAUGAUAACGAUGAGAAACGUAGUAUACAUCGCUCUGAAAAAAGGAGGAGUGGAAGAACCGAUGUGAAUGACAUCGAUUCGUCUAUGACAAAUGGCCGACAUCAUCAUCACGAUACAUUACCCUUCAAAAAGAAGUCUUCUUCCUUCGAUUUAAUGGACUCGAAUAGAUAUCACGAUGCAUCUUCAGAAAGUCAAUCAUCUCCUCAUAGUAAUGAAAAAAGACAUGGUAGUCAGACGCUUCCAAUUCAACGUUCACAUCGAUCGGCGGAUCAAAUUGUAAAAAUCGCGGAUACGUUAAAAAACUUAGAGCUUUCUCACUCGGAAAAAGGAAAUGAAAUAGAAGAUAAAGUUGUGAAUUGGAAUUGUGCUACUUGCACCUAUCUUAAUUCUUCAUCGAAAGAAAUUUGUGAGAUGUGUGGAAAAUCUAGGCACAAAGGAAAUGAGGAUAAACCAUUAGCAAGUGGUGGAAAAGAAUGCCCACGAUGUACAUUAGUAAACGAGAAAAAUGUCUCGGUCUGUGAUGCUUGUGGUAUCAGUUUAAAAGAUUCACCUACUUAUAUUUAGAUAUUUAACUGUUCGAAACAAAUAUCAUAUUCCAUUGUUUUCCAUGUGUCUGAAAUUUAAAAAAGGAAGUGGUAAGUAUACAUUUCCUGGAUGCUCGAUAUUAUUCUAAGAAGAAUAUUUGAAAUGUUUGAAAAAGAUGUUAGUACUUAUAAUGCUGAAAAUAGCUGAUAUAAGUAGUAACAAUUUUUCUUGAUUGCUUUAUUUAGAGAACGAAUUUUAAAGGGUAUUAUUAUAUUAAUCGAAUUUAGAAUUUCAUAAAGCGUAUAACAUGGGAGGGGGGAAAUAUGAAAUUAUUUAUUUAAAAUUGUUUGAAUAGAUUUGUGAUAUGGGUACAUUAGUAUUACGAUAGUACAUACACUGGUGGCCUAUCAUUAAUUUGUUUGUAGAGAUUAUUUUCUGUUAAUUUAAAUUAAACAAAAUUUGCUUUUCUGGACUUUCUCUUAUUUGCUGUAUAAAAUUAUUUCUUUUAUUCGUUUUAUUUUAAUAUACGACUUUAUUUUAUAAAAUUUUAUCUAUUCGAUUAAAUCACUUUUAUUAAAAAUCUAUUUAUGUAUA